AACCAGAUAGGAGUCUUCUUCCUCCCCGACCACACCGCUCCUCUCCUUCCAAGCCCUCGUCACCACCAGCCUGCUCUCAUUCCUGUGCCACCUGGAUCUCAACUGCUUGCGCUCAACAUGCUCCCCACACACUCUCGCUGCGGCGUGUGCCCGCCCAACCCGUGCAUCGCUCUCUGUCGCUUCCGCCUCAUCAUAGGUGAUGGCGUCGUCGUCCCCGCAGCAGCACACGAGGUGGCAGCAACUUUUGAUAGACAACCUUGUUGGAUAUGAUACUAUACCUACAAACAGCUUGGUGAUUUCUCCUGGUCAUGGUUAUUUAUACAACUUUGAGAUGAAGGAGCUAAAUGGUCUUAGUUAUGGCCAUGAAACACCAGAAGGUCCUACAAAAUUUGGAGCUUGGAAGAUGGUGCUACGAUUUUCAAGAGCUGCUAGCCAACGCCAAUGCAUCUCGUUUAAGAUCGUGCAUGUGACCUUUCCUCUCCUCUCCUGAUGUUAGGCCUUCACAACUUGUAUUAUGUGCGGGCAGAAAAAAUCCACUCUUUUAUAUAGCAACCACCUGCUGUUAAGACCUUUUUGACUCUAUAUCCUAAGGCUGCAAACUGUGUUCUCUAAGUAUAUGUGUAACCAGCAUCUUUUAUUGGCCCAAAAAUGUAUU